AUACCUUGCAGAGAGCGUAAUACCUGUGUACUGUAAAAGAACUGCAAAUCUUAGGACAAAAAAGGCCAGAUCCGAUCCCGUUCUUUGUUCGUAAAAUUUAACAUACUGAAAAGAGAGUUAUUUGUUUUAAGAUGGUCAAAAGCAAAGCGCCGCAAGAGAAGAACAUCCAAGUGGUCGUGCGUUGUCGGCCACGUAAUGGAAAAGAAGUCAAAGAAAGCUCACCAUCUGUGGUAAAGUGCCAACCUUUGAAGAGGGAGAUUGUCGUCAAACACGACGUUGGAAAUAUUUCAUCGGCCACAUCUACAACAAAGACAUUUACCUUUGAUCGUGUUUUUGGUCCAGAAACCAAGCAGAUUGAUGUUUAUCGCUCAGUUGUUGUGCCAAUCUUAGAUGAAGUGUUGAUGGGAUACAACUGUACAAUCUUUGCCUAUGGCCAGACUGGAACAGGAAAAACAUAUACUAUGGAAGGAGAGAGAAGUCAAGAAGAUUGUUCUUGGGAAGAGGAUCCCUCAGCGGGAAUCAUUCCACGAACCAUGCAUCAGUUGCUGGAGAAACUCAACAGUCAAACUGACUGUGAAUUCUCUGUAAGAGUUUCAUUUUUGGAGAUCUACAAUGAAGAACUGUUUGAUUUGCUGAGCUCAAGUUUGGACAGCCAAAAAAUGCGUCUUUUUGAAGACUCCUCUCGAAAAGGGUCUGUUGUCAUUCAAGGACUUGAAGAGCUUGUUGUUCAUGACAAAGAUGAUGUGUAUAACAUUUUAGAAAGAGGCAGAGCAAAGCGUCAAACAGCAGCAACUCUGAUGAAUGCACAUUCAAGUCGUUCCCAUUCUGUGUUCUCUGUCACCAUUCACAUUAAAGAGAAUUCUGUCAGUGGUGAGGAAUUAUUGAAGAUUGGCAAGUUAAACUUGGUGGAUCUGGCAGGAAGUGAAAAUGUUGGUAGAUCAGGAGCUGUGGAUAAAAGACUCAGAGAAGCUGGAACAAUCAAUCAGAGCUUGUUGACAUUAGGAAGAGUGAUCACAUCACUGGUGGAACGAGCUCCUCACAUACCUUACAGGGAGAGUAAAUUAACAAGGAUGUUGCAGGAUUCACUUGGAGGUCGCACUAAAACCUCCAUAAUUGCCACCAUAUCCCCAGCACUGUGCAACUUGGAGGAAACUCUAAGCACUCUGGAUUACGCUCACAGGGCCAAGAACAUUCUCAACAGACCAGAAGUGAAUCAAAAACUUACAAAGAAAACUUUAAUUAAGGAGUACACUGAGGAAAUAGAAAAACUUAAGAAAGAUCUUCUGGCAGCCAGGGAGAAGAAUGGCGUUUACAUAGCAGAAGAGAAUUACCAUGCUAUGCAGCAAGAGAUCAAAUCUCAGCAAGAGCUGAAUGCUGAAAGAGAAGCUAAAAUCCAGGCCCUCCAAGAAGAAAUGCGAAAGAUCAAUGAAUUGUUCACUGAUACUCAGCAAGAGCUGGAAGAAAGAUGCAUGGAACUGGAAGAAAAGGAAACUGAACUGCAUAAAACCAACCUUUCACUGAAGGAAACUAAACAUACUUUAAGAACAACAGUCAUGGAGAGAGAUCAGAAUCAGUAUCUUGUUGACAAUCACAGCAGAAAUGAGGAUCAUCUGCACAGUCAGGCUUCUUCUCUUCUUCACACAGUUGAAGAUAGCCUUUCUGAUGUACAUGGACUCCACUCAAAACUCGACCGCAAGCAAACUGUUGAGGCUCACAAUGUCAAUGCUCAAGAUACAUUUGGAGAGGAUUGCAAGAAUUUGAUUCAAAAAGUGAGAAAGAAUUUGAACCAGUUUCAAGGAGAGAACACUGUGUUCUUUGAUGCAAUGAAGAAAACCUUAGGGAACCUUGUUUCAAAGAAGACUGAUGAAUCAUUAAAACUGCAAGAUCAAAUGCAGAGCUUUAAAGACAACAUGAUUGUGCAAAUGCAUGCACUGUCAUCCAGAGAGCAGGAAAAAGACAGUUCCUGUGAAACCUGGCAUAGUGAUGUUUCCAGUAAGGUUCAAGAAAACAAGGAUAAUAUUUGCUCUGUGCUUCACACCCUCAAGAAUGAGGAGUUUUUGCCCAAAAUGAGGGAACUUGAAAUCUCAGUUCAUUCAAUGGCUGCCUUUCAGAAGCAGUUUGCCACAUUUUUCAACGAUAAGAUGAGUAAUUUGUCUUCAAUGGUGAAAACCUUUGUGGAGGGCCAAGAGUCCAUGCUGGAGAGUUUGGAUGCAAUGGUAGACAGACAUUCACAAGAGCAGGUUCAAGCAUUGGGAGAAAUAAUGAGUAAGACAGACUCGAUGGUAAACAACCAGAAAACCCUUGUAAAGGAGCUCCAGCAGACAUUCUUCAAGCAGAUGAUGUCGCUAUUUCAAGAAGUCAAUGACAAACAAAGUGAAAAAUUAUCAGAAGAUGCAAGCAAGGUCACAGAAGUGACUUCAGAGGCUCGAAAACAAGUAGAAAGCGCUAAUACCAAUCUUAGAAGUUAUUGUGACUCUCUGAGGAACUGUGCGUCACAAUUUUCUGAAAGCUGUGAACAUGCUGUCAAUGACAACGUUAUCCAGGCACAGAAAAGUUUUAAACAGGCUGCAGAACAAAUCCAGGAAACUUCAAACAUUCAUAAAAGCGUCGAGGACGGUGUGGUAAACGCCUCUCACAAAGUUGACCAGCUGGCCAUGCAAUGGCAAAACAUGUUGGAAGAAUCGUUCACACAGCAUCUUGACACACUGAAGGGCUGUUCAUCUCAACAGCAGAAUUCAGUCAAGGAAUGCGAAAAACAGAUAAAGCAACAUUAUAGUGACGUAGAAAAUGCACUAGCCGCGCAUGGACACUCGCUCGAAGAAUUCACCAAGACCCAAGAGCGUCUGCUGUCCGACCAAUCAGAAGGAGUAGACACAUGGUCACAUGACCAAUAUGAAACUGUUGACCAGGUUAAUACCAGAGUGACCCAGUUUCUACAGAGAGAUUUGAAGCAAGAUCUACCAACAGGAGUCACUCCACAGAGACGUACAUUUGACUACCCCACCAAGCUGAUAAGAACAGAGCCCCAUGAUGUUCUGAGAGAAAGGUUCCAAGGCAGUUACGUUCCGCCUGCACUAUCGCCUGAACCACAAUCCAUUAAGAGUGUAUCAAGUGAAGACUCUGUACCAGUAUUUGAGUUAAGUCGAACCAGCACUGUGAGUUCAGACAAUGGCGUCUACCCACUUCGCAACAGUGAGGGAGAUUUACUUGAUGACGACAGCCUUGAGGAUGGAGAAAAUGAUGCUCAUACUACUGCUGAUGAGGCUGUGUUUGCAGAACCACGGGCUGCUGUGCCACGCCCCAAGGUCUUGUCUGCCAAGAAGCCUGUAGACAAAGAGAAUUUAAAGUCGACUGUGAACAAAGCGUCAAGUAUUCCUGACCUUACUGGUGUCGGCAGUAAGAUUCCAUUAGUAAACAAGUUUAAAACUCCUGUGGACCGGAUUAAACGUCCCCUGAGAUCGAUGAACACCCAGUAAAAUGAUAUUUACAAAGUAGAAACAAUGAUCAAUGUAAAGUUUAUUUGCUACAAUUAAGGUGUAGGUGAUUGCAAUUGUACAGGGUUUUCAUUUAGUUUUGCUAGACCUAACUCCCCCACGAAACUCAAAUUCGACAACAGUUUCAGAUUCGAUCUGAAACUAUUAAUCAAAGGGGACCCGUUUUCUGCUCCCGUUAAAGGCGCAAACAUUUACCUGGUAUUGUUUAUAGGUUUUGAAUUUUCUUUGAGUUAUUUUCAAUGUCGUAUGUGUAAACCAGAUUGGCCGAGAGGUUUAAUUGUGAUAACAAGGCCAAUUUCAUUUAUAUUAUUUUCAUAAUUUUGUGUAUAAUCGACUUGUAUCAAUGGAUAGUCGAUGGGGGACUUCUCUGAGCUCUGGCAGCCAGUGAUAUCAUCAGUGAUGACCAGUGAUAAAGUAAGGUUGAGAAUUUCUCAUAAUUUUGUCAAAGGCUUUUGAUCAUCGUCUUUAUGCAAGAUUAAUGCUGUUAAAAAAAAUUUUGUAUGAACUUCCCAAAUGUUCUAUAUAUUUUACUAAAGAUAAGUUUGUUUAAUUAUUGUUUGUCGUAAGAUGCAAUUGUGAUUCUGUGUAAGGAAAAAUACUCGAAAUAGUGCGAAAGUGCUAUUGAGGCGUAUCAAAUGUAUCCGAAGCGUAUCAAUUGUGACGAUUCAAACGAAUCUGACUUCAAUGAACGCGUCCAAGUAAGCUUAUUUUGAUGGGGGCCUAUUGUUCGUCUGAACCAACCCUUCAGGCUGUUCAAUGUAAUAUAAUUUAUCUAAUUGAUAGAUCCUAACUAAAGGUUGGCCAAAUCAGUGAGAAUGCGUCUCGUAUUGGACAAGUUGGUGCUGUUAUGGGUCGAACUUGAGUAUUUGGGUAAACAAACACCAGAUUUCUAAGAUCAAUAGGAAGACUGGUAUAUAUUAUGAUCGUGUACAUAGCUGAAUCAAAUCUUACAAUAUUCUCUGUCGACUGGCUUUAAUAAAAAUACCAAAG